UUUCUCUAAAGUGAAAACUCUCCACUUGUUCUGUAUAGAAAAAGAAAAUAGAGACAGUAUUUCUAGGUGGCUGAAGUUUGCUUGUCCUUUGGGUUUCGCAGCCUCUGAGUCAUUUCGGGUGUGCUUCACUCUCUUUUCCCUGUUCCAUUUAAACACCUUCCCAUAUAAGAUUAAAGAGUACCUAACAACUAUCAUUGUCCCAAGCUUGUGUCUUCUACAUACUUUUUUUUUUUUGGUUAAGCAAUGGAUGCUUUUCUCUUCCUUAUUCUCUUCUCUUCCACCUUGCUAAGCAUAAACGCUUCUGAAGACACUUGUACCAUGAUGCAGUGUGGUGAUGGAGCUCCCAAGAUUCAGUUCCCAUUCCAAGUAAAAGGCUUGCAACUCCAACACUGUGGUCACCCUGGUUUUGAGCUUGUAUGCAAAGACAACACCACUUUCAUUCCCUUCCCAUCCUAUAAUGGUGACUUGGUUGUUAAAUCCAUCUCUUACCACACCAAAAGUCUUAGUCUUCUUGACCCCAAAAACUGUGUCCAUGAAGUCUUUCUUAACCUCAAUCUCUCUCUUACACCUUUCCAUUAUUACCAUGUUCUUAAGAACUACACAUACCUCAAUUGUUCUUCUAGGUUGAUUUCUUCUUCCUUCAGUGAGAUCCCCUGCCUAAGUGGCUCCAAAUAUCAUGUCUAUACUGUAGAGCCUUCCUUGGCUCUACCAAAUUCUUGUAGGCCAGUGAAAACUGUGGCAAUUCCUUUUCAGUAUAGUCCUUACCUAGCUGACAAUAGUUUUGGUCUUGGAUUAUCUUGGGAUUUGCCUGGAUCAGAAGAUUGUGAAGCAAACGGAAGCCACUGUGGAUUGAAGGAUAAAACAGGAUGUUUUAACUUGGCACAUGAUAUAGUCUUCAGUAUCGGCAUCUUCAUUUUUGCGAUGGUGGUGGCGACAGUGACGAUUAUAAGGAUCUAUCACUCGAAGAAAAUACACUGCCAGGAUGAAGAAAAGUAUUCAGCUGUGGUUGAGAAAUUAGGAGACUAUAACCAGAUUGUGAAACCAAGCAAGUAAUCAAUAGUAAGCAUGAACUAUUUAGGACAUCAUAGUACAGAAGCACCUUUAGAGGCAAAAAAAAAAAGUAUUUAUAUAAGAUGGUAGGUAUAGAUUAGUUUUGAUUGUAUAAAUUUUUGUUUAAAAAAAAAAUGUAUGGCUUUAAGAGCUAAUAAUUUUGAAAAAGUAGACACUAGAAAGACGUUUGGCAACUCAAACAAAAUCGUUUAAUUGCAUGAAUCAGACAUAAGAUUGAGAUGAGAAGUGACGUUUCUCAAAUUCUCCAAGAUACGUUCGACAUAAUAACACGCAUGUGACUUCAUUA